AUGUCAAUUGUCUCACUAACAGGGAUUGAAGUGCUCAACAACCCCGCUAAAUUUACCGACCCUUAUGAAUUUCAAAUCACAUUUGAAUGUCUUGAACCAUUAAAAGAAGACCUUGAAUGGAAAUUAACUUACGUUGGUUCGUCAGAUUCACUAGAUCAUGAUCAAGAACUUGAUUCUAUCUUAGUUGGUCCCGUACCUGUGGGAGUCAAUUCUUUUCUAUUCACUGCUGAUGCACCUAGUCCUGAAUUGAUUCCAGCUAGUGAAUUGGUUAGUGUUACGGUCAUUAUUCUUAGUUGUUCAUAUAACGAUCGAGAAUUUGUUCGGGUGGGAUAUUAUGUCAAUAAUGAAUAUGAUACGGAGGAGUUAAGAGAGAAUCCACCUGCUAAAGUGCAGGUUGACCAUGUGGUUAGGAACAUCUUGGCGGAGAAGCCUAGGGUAACGAGAUUUAAUAUUGUUUGGGAUAAUGAAGGUGCUGCGGAUGAGUAUCCUCCUGAACAACAAGAAGAGGAGGAAGAGGAAGAUGAUGAGGAGGAACAAGAUGAAGAAGAGGGAGAAGAGGUGGAUGAGGAAGAUGAAGAAGAGGAAGAAGAUGACCUUGAGGUUGAUUUGGACGAUGAAGAAAUGGUGGAGGAAGUGUCGACAUUGAAUGAUAAAGAACAAAAUGCAACACCUCCAGCAACAGCUAGUUCGGAAGUAGUUGAAGAAGUAGAUACGCCGAAAGAUAGUUAA